AUGAGCCAUGGAAAAAUGACUACCCCGAAGUCGGAAUAUCUCAACCACACGUUUCACUAUGCUCUACCAACAUAUGCUUCCACCAGAAGGGCUGUUCACACACAGAGACAAAGUAUACUGGACCCAGACUUGUUCGGUGCCAAUGGAAGCGAUCAGGCCCCGCAAAAGGCUGAGACGAAAACUACCGAAAGCAAUGGAAAAAUAUACUACAGAGAUAAAUCAAAAUUACUGGCAGUUCCCAAAGGUCGUUUGAGACAGAGCGCACAAAACAAGCCUGUGGUAGAUGUGAAUAAGAAGCCUGUGAAUACCAGGAUGCCUUCAGUCAGCUCAAACAAAGAAAACGAAGAAAGGAGCGACAAUGAGGAAGACAUUGAGGCCAGCGAUGCCAUCCUCAGAUGCCUGUUGUCCGAGGUUGACCAUGAACCAUUGCAAGUUCAAAGUGAGGAAGGAUUACAAACCAACCCAUUUUUGAGCAGAGAUCACAUGGUCAGCCAAGAAGUUUGUAGACUGGUAAACCUGGUGGCUGAGGAAAAAGAAAAAAGUUCGGCCCCCAUUCCAAAGCAAAAGAGACAACGUGAAUCCCCAAGCCUUCAGGUUUACAGUGGCUUGGAUCUGGGCAAAUCCACGGACACUGCGGUGGUCCCAACUAGUUCAUCACACGAUUCCGGGAGUCUGUUUCCGGUGAUUAUUUUCACUGAGGAGAAAACAAAAAACCGGUUUGUGAAACUCCAGGAUUACUUACACUUGCUGCAGCUGCAUUUCCAUUCCAAUGAGGUUGAAAUCCCAGAAUGA